AUGCCCGAGACAGUCUUUCCAGAGGAUCGCUGCUCCGGGGUGAUCCCGGGCUGGUUAUACGGUAGCCAUCCCAACGUGACAGAAGGGGUGGUGACCAGGACCGUCUGUUUCACCUGGAAUGAAGACAGCUGUUACUGGAGCCGGGAGAUCCAGUUGAAAAACUGCUCCGAUUACUUUGUGUAUCAUCUGAAGCCGACACCCUGUUCUAGAGCUGUGUACUGUACAGCUGCUGGCACCGCCCGCUUUGACCCGUGUGUAACUCACACCGUCCUGGAUCAGCCCUGGAGGAGCACAGAUUGUUCCCACACUGAGUGCACCGGAGGACAAUGGAUGGGUGAUGGAGAACUUGAAGUGGGCUGGUACAGAUUUAACAGUUCCGGGGGACGGAUGAUUUCCGAGACAGUCUUUCCAGAGGAGCGUUGUUCCGGAUUGAUCACGGGCUGGAUGAACGGUCCCCAUCCCAGUGUGGAAGAGGGGGAGGUCACCAGAACCGUCUGCUUCACCUGGAGAGAAUUUACCUGUUAUUGGCGAAGGGAAAUCAAGGUGAAAAACUGCUGCCGUUACUUUGUGUAUCAGCUGAAACCGACGCCCAUCUCCAGCGCCGUGUACUGUACAGCCCCGGAGACGGCUACGACGGAAGAGGCAAAACUAACUGCGACUGAACCGUCAACUGCCCCAAAUGAAGAGCCAUCCUUAGAGGAAGAGGACAAGUGGAUUGAAGUGAUCGUGGCCGCGAGUGGCGGCAUGACUGACGAAGAGGUGCGGGAAGCCACUCGGCACAAGCUCCAGGAGAUGUUCGGUGAUCCAGAUCCUCAGCUCGAGCUUGUGCUGUGCAUGUCGGAGAUUCCGGAGGAGUGA